ACAAACAAGGGUGACGCCCACUUGUUUUUAUUCAGGACUCAAACACUUUCACUUUCACCUGGUGCGCUCAUGUUUUUUCUUUCUUUUACGUUUUGGUGUAUUCAUGAUCUUAUAUUGUAAUUAACUAAGUAAUGUAUUCAUCUUACUUUAGCUCAUACACAGAACAAACAGAUUUAGGUUAUUAUCUCGUUCAGUUUUGGUGAAUUCAAACUCGUUUUUUCCGGACACGGAUCACGUUUAUUUCCGCAGAAUCUUCAUGUAUUUUACAGCGAUGGAAAUGAAAGAACUCUGUAUUUUGUUUGUUGUUAUUGUGAUUGUGGAUGUUGUUUCUGCAGGUGAUGAGCAAAUAUCUGUGUCAGUGAAUGUGGGGGAUUCGCUCACUCUACACACUGGAUAUAUAAGAAAACAAGAAGACAUGAUGAGAUGGUAUUUUAAAGGCAACCGUAUAGCUCAAAUCAUUAGAAAUGUCAUGAAGAUCUGCACUGAUGAACAUUGUGAUGAGAGUUUCAGAGACAGACUGCAGAUGAACAAUCAGACUGGAGAUCUUACCAUCACAAACAUCACAACUGAGCACACUGGAAAUUAUAUAAUACAUAUUAUCAGCUCUGACUUCAGUGCGAGGAUCUUAAAUUUUACUGUUGAAGCUGGUGUUUCUGGGACUGAUGUAAUUAAGAAGGUGAAGGAGGGAGAGUCUGUCUCUUUAGAUUCUGGUGUAACUGAAAAACUAAAUUAUUGGAUCACAUGGUAUUUUAAUGGUAUUCGCAUAGCUCAGACCAAUGGGAAUCCCAGUGAGGCCUGUACAGAUGUGCAGUGUGAUACUGUAUAUGAGAGAUUGCGAGAACGAUUGGAGCUGAAUCAUCAGACUGGAUCUCUUACCAUCAUAAACACCAGAAUCACAGACACUGGAGAAUAUCAACUAGAGAUCACCAGCAGCAGCAUCAGUCGUCGUCGCAGCAUCGGUUUCAGCUUCAGCAGCAGAAAGACCUUCAGUGUUACAGUCAUUAAUUCAGGACCGUCUUCAGGUGUAAUAGCAGGUAUAAGUGUUGUUGUUCUGCUGCUCCUGACUGUAGUGACUGCUGGAGUUUAUCAUCUCUGUAGAAGAGCAAGACAUCAGGGUCAAAAGCAGUCGUGUGAUGAUCAGGAGAAGAACAGAGUGAAUCCACCACCUCAUCAGAAUGACGGAGUGAAGGAGUCGACUCCUCUGAAUGACGAAGUGAACGAGUCGACUCCUGAGUGGCGGAGUGAACUAGUCGACUCCUCUGAGUGGCGGACUGAACGAGUCGACUCCUCUGAAUGACGAAGUGAACGAGUCGACUCCUGAGUGGCGGACUGAACGAGUCGACUCCUUUGAGUGACGGAGUGAACGAGUCGACUCCUCUGAAUGGCGGAGUGAACGAGUCGACUCUUCUGAAUGGCGGAGUGAACGAGUCGACUCUUCUGAAUGGCGGAGUGAACGAGUCGAGUCCUCUGAAUGGAGGAGUGAACGAGUCGACUCUUCUGAAUGGCGGAGUGAACGAGUCGACUCUUCUGAAUGGAGGAGUGAACGUCUCGACUCAUUAUACUCUCUUGAUAAAUGAGACAGAGUCUAUCAGUCUGUUGCUGCAUUAACAUUAUUUUAUUAUUUUGUAUUGAGAAGGACAGUGGAGAGAUUACAGGAAACAAUGGGGAAUAGUGAAUCUGAGACAUUAUGACAGUUAAACUAUGAGCACCACCACUGGCAUACGGGAUGUCCACGCAACAACAUUAUAAGCUCUUACGACAUUCAGCCAAUAAUAUUAUGCUUAAAUAUGCACAUAUAGAGUGUGUAAUCAGUUAAAUGGAAAGGAGGAGGCGAGAACCGGCUUGUCAAUAUAAAUAAUAUUUUAAUGAGUAAACUUAAACAAAUGACACAAACACACAUGACGGACAUGUCCGUAAAUGAUCUCUCUCUCCUCGCACCACCGUUUGCCAUCGGCCUUCAUCCCUCUCGGAGACUUAAUUAGCCUGAUAAGAAACCGGGUGUGUAUAAUCACAACCCGGCCCCGCCACAUAGUGAUUUUACUGUGCGUAGAAGCAGCAUUUACUGGUGUAUGUGUGAGAUAUAAGAUUAUAUGUGACAUUGUACUUUUGCACAAGACUAACUGCUGAACAAGAUGUUCGUUCUAACUUGUUUUUCUCUUUCUUACUUGAUUCUCAUUCAUGGAAGAAACUAUUUUGCUAUUGUGUAGCCCUCUAUUUUAAACUUGUUCAACCUUUAUACUGUGAAGAAACUAUUCUGCUAAAUUGGCUCAUACUGCUUUACUGAGGCGCAAACUCAACGAAUGCAGACUGAGACAAACUAUUGAUAGAGGGGUCAAAGAAAACCAAUCCUUACUAAGUAAACUCCAGGGUUUUCUUACAGUAUGAUAUUGUGAUUGUGCCUUAAGAUGGCAAUGGCAAGAUUUACAGUGAAAAAGGAGUUAUAAAUGUUUAUUAAUUAUAAUUUGGUCUGUUCUCACUCAAAACUGAUUGGAUCACUUUAAAAGACAUGUGAUCUUGAGAGAUGUGAGGAAGGACUGGAUCAGAGCUGCAUCUAAUAAGCACACACACAAGAAUCAUACAUAUUUUGACUUUUUCAGUGCGCACUUUAGACCAGAAAUCACCCCGUCACAAUCCUGAAACAAUAAUAUAUAGUCUUAGAUAAAGCUUUACCACAUUUGACUAAACACAUUUUUACUGAUAUAUUUACAAUAUUUUUGAAUUGUCAUGUUGCAUGCCAUUUAUAAGAUCACUGAUCUAAAGAUUUCUGUGCAUUAUUUUGAUUUCUCAGGCUUUAGUUGGUCAUUUUAAUAUCUAUAUUCUCACUAUUGUUGACAGACAGAUUAUAAACAUGUAAUUAAAUAAUAGUUUUACAUAUAAUACAAGUUUGUCUCCAGUGUCCAUUUUCUAUUCAUUUCAUUUUCUUGAGAUUCAGAUGUAAAGGUCAGUGGUUUGUUUUACCAAUUUACAUGUUUAUUUUGUGCUGUCUUGUGCAUAAUUGAGUAUGGAUAACACACUAGGGCAGGGGUGCCCACACUUUUUUGUGUGAUGAUCUACUUUUAAAUGACCAACACAAUACGAUCUACCAACUAAAUGGAAUUAAUCUUCUAA